AUGCCGAAUAAUCGCCGGAAGAAAAGUGCUGGCUUGAGUGCGCGGCGAGACUCCUCAACUCAGAAGGAGUCCAGCACCGCAAACGUAGCUACUACCGUAUCUGAUUCAUCUGGUACUGAUGGGCGUAUCGCCAUCAAUGGAGUUGCUAAGGAAGAUGAUAAGCCGAUUAUGAAUGGAUGUGCCACUCACAAUUCCAGCGUCCAAAAUGGGAACCUGGCUGCCAGCUCUCAAACUGAAAGCAGCGACAUUGAGUCCCUGUCGUCAGAAUCAUCCCGGCGCAACACUAUGUCCUCAUCUGGGGGAGACCGAAAUGCUACGGUCGUUCGAUGCAAAAGCAACGAAGAAGAACAGCGUCCAGUGAGAGACACUUCCCAGUCGUACUCAAUUACUUCUCAAAUUGAUUAUGCUAGUGAUGAGGGUGCAGUGCGAACACCCGAGGACACUUAUCCGUGUUGUUCAUCUUCUGAGGCAGUGGGUGGUGGGGUAUCAGAAGGAUAUACUUCAGUCAGUGGUGCUGCAUCACAGACAGAGUCGUCUAGUGGAACAGGCGAUGGGCUCCUCAAUGUUUUAUCGAUGUCGUCUUGGGAUCGUGUGGAUACGAUUUGUGAAUUGGUCUCAUUUCUGAAUAUAUACGAGCUUCGAUUGCUGGGAGCUUGUGUAGAAGGAGCUGCGCGACCAGCUUCGUCAACUCCCACUAUGCGGCAGCACGAAACUCGCUCUAACUGCCCUCAGUUCAUCAGUACUAUGGCUACGGAAAUGAGUCAAAUCCCUUAUGCGCUCAAGGUUGAAGCUGCUUAUAAUGUAGUUUGCUUACUAAGCUCUGCAAAUCGUCAAGGUGCACAUGCUCUGAUUCGACUUAUUGAUCACUUAAUGACAAUUAGAGAUUUGGAACUGGAAAUGCUUUCAACCGAUGAGGCUCGUCGUGAAGUGCUUAUCAAUCUUGGUAAACUAGUAUCUGCUUCUAUUCAUCAUCCGGCAUUUUCCGUUGACCAACGUAUUCGCAUGGUUCAUGCUCGGGAUGAAAUUAGGAAUAGAUUGGAGCAGCUUACAGCACGAAUGAAUCCUCCUCCUGUACCUUCGUCUGCCUCUAAUGAUAGCAAAUGCGUCCCAGCAAGCUCUAGGGCUUCUCCUCUUGCGGGAGGGUUUGCUUUUGUGCGGCGAUUUCAUGCUACGCAACCAGACGCUGAUGAUCCGGACAACUUCUUGGUUGAGGUUUGACU